AGCUCUGCUCUUCCUGGCAUGAGCUGCAACAGAAACAGCAGCCAUGGAAGCUUUCCAUCCUUUCCCCUCUCCAUCUUUCAAUCUCUCAAUUCUCCGAACCAAACAUUCAAUACCAUUUAAAAAACCAAUCUUCUCUCUCCCAUUCAAACACCCAAAAUCCCAUCUCUUCUCAAUCUUCAAAGACAAAAACCAAUUCAAGAUCUUCUCAACGGCCACAUCUUCCACAAUUUCAACCACAGACACAGAGCCAACUGCCCCAGACCUUGAAUUCGAGGAAGAGAAGGAGAAAUUCGACUGGUACUCGAACUGGUACCCGAUCAUGCCGGUCUGUGAUCUCGAUAAGAAGGUCCCGCAUGCGAAAACAGUGAUGGGUCUUGAUGUGGUGGUGUGGUGGGACAGGAUGGAGGAGAAAUGGCAGGUGUUCGAUGACCGGUGCCCGCACCGUCUGGCGCCAUUAUCUGAAGGACGGAUCGAUCAGUGGGGCCGGCUGCAGUGCGUCUACCACGGGUGGUGCUUUGAUGGCGCUGGCGACUGCAAAUUAAUUCCUCAGGCACCGCUUGAUGGCCCGCCGAUUAAUACAUUCAAGAAGGCAUGUGCAGCUGUUUAUCCAAGCUGUGAGCAGAACAAGAUUGUUUGGUUUUGGCCGAGCACUGAGCCCCAGUUCAAAGAUAUUCUGAUGAAGGAAAAACCACCGUACAUCCCGGAGUUGGAUGACCCAUCAUAUACGAGUUUAUAUGGAAAUAGAGAUAUACCAUAUGGGUAUGAAGUUCUGGUUGAAAAUCUCAUGGACCCGGCUCAUGUUCCAUAUGCCCACUAUGGAAUAAUGCGAAUACCAAAUGCGAAAAACAGACCUAAGCGUGAUCGAGAAGGAGGGAGGCCUAUGGAAAUUUCAGUGGAGACAUUAAAUGGAAAUGGUUUUUUUGCAAAUCAAGGGUUUGGCUAUAGUAAGUUUAUGGCACCUUGUAUUUUUUAUGCUUUUCCAAAAUCGGCACCGAGCUAUGAAUUGUCUACAUCAAUGAGCAUUGAACAGGAGUCAUCCACCAAUUCUGAUCAAAGACAACGGAUAUCUCUUCUCAUUUUUGUCUGUAUUCCGGUUAGCCCUGGUCAAAGCAGAUUGAUUUGGGUCUUUCCAAGAAAUUUCUCACAAUGGUUAGAUCGAAUUGUUCCAAGAUGGAUGUUUCAUGUGGGACAAAACCUGAUUCUUGAUUCGGAUCUUUAUCUUCUUCAUUUGGAGGAGAGGAAGAUAGCUGAAGUUGGCCCAUCCAAUUGGCAAAAGGCUUGUUUUGUUCCAACAAAGUCAGAUGCUCUUGUAGUUGGCUUUAGAAAAUGGUUGAGAAAGUAUGCUGGUGGUCAGAUCAAGUGGGGAAACAAGUUUGAUGUGGGACUUCUUCCAAUUCCUCCAAGAGAACAGCUACUGGAUAGAUACUGGUCUCAUGUUGUGAACUGCUCAAGCUGUCGCGUUGCAGUAAAAGGAUUGAAAGCACUCGAGGUUUCUCUGCAAGUUAUCUCCCUAGCUUCGAUUGCCAUUGUUGCCGCCCUGAAGCAGAAUGUGAUGUCAACGGUCUCACGGAGUGUGGUGGUGUCAAUGGCAGUGGUAUGCUUCCUGGCUUCUAAGUGGCUAUCUCAUUUCAUCUACAAGAAUUUCUACUACCACGACUAUAACCAUGCUCUUAAAUGAGUGAAUUUUAGCUUUCUUUAAACCUUGUCGUGGGAAUUUCACCUGAUUUCCUCAUUGUAAUAUAUUCCUAUUGAAGAUGUAAGAAUGACAUUGAACGAGAAAUGAUCAUGUUUCUCAGUCCUCUCUCUCA